UUCCAUUAGAUGAGGCCCGUACCACCAUAGAGAAUGUCCUCCAUAACAGAACCAAGUUACAUCCACCCACACAUUUCCUUAUGGACCUGUUGGAUAUAGUUUUAGAGAAAAAUUAUUUCCGUUUUCAAAAUCAAUUUUACUUUCAGGUCUUUGGUGUGGCAAUGGGCAGUCCAUUGGCCCCCUCAAUUGCCAAUUUAUUUAUGGCAAAUUUAGAGAACACCGUAUUAUUAAAUCCAUCUUUAAAUAUGUAUCACACCAAUAUUAUAUAUUAUGGACGAUUCAUUGAUGACAUAUUCUUGAUAUUCAAAUCAACCGAGGCCGCAGUAGGAUAUUCAAAUUGGAUCAACACUAUACAUAUGUCCAUCAAGUUCACCAGCCAUUUCAACCUGUCACAUAUUAAUUUUCUGGAUGUUACAGUAUAUAAACAUCACAAUAAACUUUUGGUCAAGAAUUUUAGAAAACCCUCAGAUAAAAAUUCAUAUCUUCAUUACAACAGCUUCCACCACUUUAGCUUAAAAACCAAUCUUCCAUUUUCACAGCUCCUCAGACUGAAACGUAACUCAAGCACCAAGGAACAGUUUUUUCAGGAAAGCAUUACUUUAAGCCAUGAGUUCAGAAACAGAGGCUACCCUAAACAUGUAAUAAGAAAAGCAUUAAUCAAAGCUGAUAAAAUAGAUAGGACUACUUUACUGAAAGAAUGCCCUAAACCCAUAAAAAAUCAAAUUAUUUGGACACAAGAAUUAUCACCUUAUUCCAAACAGAUCACCCAGAUUAUUAAAAAGCACUGGCAUCUUCUUCAAGAUAUCCCAGGUUGCCAAAAACCACCCAUUUUCGGUAAUAGACGCACCAGAAAUAUAAGAGACUUGUUAAUCCAUACAGAUUUAAUCACUUCUACCACUACACCUAAAAGCACUUUGAGAGGCCAUUACCCCUGUGGACGCUGUAAAUGUUGUCCACAAUCAUGGAAAACCAAGGAGGUCCACAACUACAGGAACAAAGUGGGCACCACGCUUAAACAUUUUUCCACGUGCAACAGCAGUAAUUUAAUUUACCUUUUAGCAUGUGACUGUGGUUUGUGGUAUAUUGGAAAAACAACCAGACCUUUGAGAAUUAGAAUGUCUGAACAUAAAUCCAGAAUAAAAUGUUUAUCUACUGAGUCCCUCCUAUAUUCACACUUUACACAAUACAAACAUUCACCCAACUCCUUUAAAUUUUGUGCUCUGGAAUGCAUCAUUCCAAAACCCCAUAUGGACUUGGAAAAACUACUAUCCCAAAGGGAAAUGUAUUGGACCUUUAAGUUGAAAACCUUUUCCCCUCAGGGACUUAAUGAGUCACUUAAUUUUAGCUGUUUCCUUUAAGUUUCUAAUUACUCUUUAUAAACCUGUGGCUGAACCUUCAGAAUUACUCGCAGUGUGAAUGUACUACAAGCAGAGUCACUUUUUGUAAAUGCUAUCUGGCAUGAUAUAAGAGUCUAGAGUUGCUGAUUACUUCAACUCCUGAAGAAGGGGAUCUCUUUCCCCGAAACAGGGUACAAAAAUACCCGGGCACCCCUGUUGAAUACCAUUUGGACUUUUCCUACAGAGACUUAUUUUGAG